AUGAAUGCGGGGGCCGCGGCCGCGGCUGCCACGGGGCUCCUCGUCUUCCUGCUGUACUCCGCCAUCCACAGGGUCGAGGAGGGACACCUGGCCGUGUACUACAGGGGCGGUGCGCUGCUGACCAGCCCGAGCGGCCCUGGCUACCACAUCAUGCUCCCGUUCAUCACCACCUUCAAAUCCGUGCAGACCACGCUGCAGACUGAUGAAGUGAAGAAUGUGCCUUGUGGGACAAGUGGUGGUGUUAUGAUCUACAUUGACCGAAUAGAAGUUGUGAAUAAGCUGGCUCCAUAUGCAGUGUACGACAUCGUGAGGAAUUACACCGCAGACUACGACAAGACCUUGAUCUUCAACAAAAUCCACCACGAGCUGAAUCAGUUCUGCAGUGCCCACACCCUGCAGGAGGUGUACAUCGAGCUCUUUGAUCAGAUAGAUGAGAACUUGAAGUUGGCCCUGCAGAAAGACCUCAAUGUCAUGGCACCAGGUCUCACUAUCCAGGCUGUGCGAGUUACAAAACCCAAAAUUCCAGAGGCCAUCCGAAGAAACUUUGAACUAAUGGAGGCUGAGAAGACCAAGCUGCUGAUUGCAGCCCAGAGGCAGAAGGUGGUGGAGAAGGAGGCAGAGACAGACCGGAAGAAAGCGCUCAUUGAGGCAGAGAAGGCUGCACAGGUGGCCAGGAUUCACUACCAGCAGAAGAUCAUGGAGAAGGAAACGGAGAAGCGGAUUUCUGAGAUUGAAGAUGCUGCAUUCCUGGCAAGGGAGAAGGCAAAAGCUGAUGCAGAGUACUACACUGCCCGGAAGCUGGCUGACUCCAACAAGCUGAAGCUGACCCCUGAGUAUCUGGAGCUGAUGAAGUACCAGGCGAUAGCUGCCAACAGCAAGCUGUACUUCGGCGACCGCAUCCCCAGCAUGUUCCUGGAUUCCUGUGCCUUCCAGCAGGCCAACCUGAGGACUGCCCAUGAACCAGCCUUCCUGCACAGGGAGCCCCAGAGACCUCUGGAGAAAGCCCCCUCAGAGGCGAGGAGAGCACUGGCUGAGGGAGGCAGAAGGGAACCCGGUGUAGCUCAGCAGCGAGCCCGGCUGUGACCGGGGACGAGGCCCUGUGUCGGUGGGGCGGAUGCAGCACAUGCCUGGACAUCUUGUGUAUAGGUGGCAGUUGGGUUGAUUUUCUUCUAGCAACAGAUUGCAAGGGCUCUGCCUCUUCUGUUUCUCCCCCUGUUAAAUUGGUGCUUCCAAAGGAGGGAUAAUCCUGUACUAACAUACCUAUACUGGAAUAUUAAACGACAGACAGCAGGAAAGCCUCCCGGGGUAGGUGCAGUUAUUUAGCAGGCACUGCUCUGCAGGAAGAUGUGGCUUUGAGUGCUGUGUGGCUGCACACUUGUCAUUGCUCAGCACUCCUGACUGAGGCUGAGUGAAGAGGAGGUUCCCCUUGUCCCGCCGCUGAAGCUUGGCUUGGUGAAGGUUUCUGCUGACGCCGUCUCGCUCUCCUCAAGGACUCCAGUGGAGUGGACUCUCCUUGGCCAGCGUGUUCCUGCUCAGGGCAAGGAGUGGUUUGCUGUGGAAUAGGUUAUUGAAGUAGGAUCUGCACAGCCACAGUAUUCCUGUAGACAGCAGUGGUAGAUGACAACUCAGAGGAAGCAACCUCUGAAGGGAUCCUGCAACCCCCCUCUCCAAGCAAGAGCCUCGCACUGGCUGCCUGGGACUGACUGUGGUGCUCCCACUGGGUGGCUGAGUCUCAUUGCCUCCUGAAGCAGAUACCGGGAGCACCUCGGAGCAGCUGGUUGGGAACAGAGCCUGGCCAGUCUUUGCUCAAAUUCCAGCCUCCCUGGAAGUCAUUCACCAGGGAAAGGGGGCUGAAUUUCCACUGCUCUGCCGUGCUGGCAAAGUGAAGAGGAGAGCGAAAGGACCCUGCUGUGCAGCAGAUCAGAUGUUUGACGCUUCAGCAGCAAAGUAGGUGAGGCAUUGCUGCUCUUCCAUGCAAAAUCCACUGCUCCAGGAAGUGGGGCCUGCUUUGUAUGUCCCUGAACAGCCAUGGCAAGGAGUGUGUCCCUGGUCCUCUCACCCCUGGCCAGGCUUGCUGGCAGAUGGAUCUUCAGUCCUGAUUUGUGCUGUGAUAUAUCUGACCCUGCUCCUGGUGUGCUGUGGCAGGGUGAGGGAGAGGUGCUCGGGGAGGGGGGAAUCUGCUGGGAAAAACCUGCUUUCCGCUUUUCCUCCUUGUUCCCUCUGCUUGUGAGGAUGUGCUUGCUUUUAGGACCUGCCCCUCGUCGUGUUCUGUGGGGAUCCGGGGUGCAGUGGCUGGGGAAGCAGCUGGCAAGAGCUGGAAUGCUGUUCUCCAGCUGGGAGCACCCCAGCACUGCCUGCUGCAUGUUCAGAGACCUCUCCCUGUGCAUCCCUCCCGCUGUCCCGUCCCCUCAGAGCAGCUGUGCCACCCUUGGAGGGGCUGGGGGGUGGUGAUGCUCCAGGCACUCAACCUGUUGAGAUCCUCUGUCCCUGGCUCCAUCUGCAGCCUCACAGCAAGGGGAAGGGUGUGUUUAACUUCUGCUAUUGAGAAACAUUCAACCCAAACCGGCUUUA